CUUAAAUGUAAAUAAUAAGAUAAUAUAUAAAUUAUAUUUAUAAAUGAAUUCGGAAAUUAAGAAAAAGGAUUAGAUUAAGGCGGUUUAUUUAAAGAAUUUUUAAUUAGCUUAACGGAAAUAAUUUUCGAUAAAAAUUUUGAAUUAUUUUAAUAAAAUGAAUAAUAUUAAUUAUAUCCAAAUGAAUCAAGUGAAGUUAAUUUUGGGAAAAAUCAUUUAGAAAUAUUUCAUUUUAUAGGAAAUAUACUUGGAAAAGUUAUUUAUUAUAAUCUUUAAAUUGAACCUGUUUUUAGCAUUUUUUUUUUAAGGCAUAUUAUAGGAAAAAAUAAUUCAUUUAAAGAAUUAAAAUAUUAUGAUAAGCAAAUAUAUAAAAAUCUAAAAUAUAUUUACUAAACUUAAAAUAUUUAAGAUUUAUAACUUACAUUUGAAAUUACAAAUCCUAUUAAAUAAUAAAUUGAAUUGUGUUUUAACGGAAAAAAUAUUUAAGUGGAUAAUUAAAAUAAAAAAAAUUUUAUAAAUUUGUUUGCUUAUUAAAAAAUGACAAAAAGUAUUGAAAAUUAAUUAAAUCAUUUUCUUAAUGGAUUUUAUGAAAUAAUUCCAAAAUAAUGGCUUAUGCUAUUUAAUGAACAUGAAAUUUCGGAAAUAAUAUCAGGUUAAAAUAAUAUUAUCAAUAUUUAAGAUUUGAGAAAUAAUACAUAAUAUGAAAAUGGAUAUACCUCUGAAAAUAUUUAUAUUUUAUAGUUUUGGGAAGUUUUAGAAAGUUUGAAAAACAUAUAAAAGUGUCUUUUUAUUAAAUUUGUAACUUCUAAUUCUAAAUAACCAUUAUUUGGAUUUAAAAAUUUAUAACCAAAUUUUAUUAUUUAUAAGGUAAGCAGUUAAAAUAAUUAAAAAUUACCAUUUUCUUAAACAUGUUAUAAUAAAUUAUUUCUACCAUAAUAUUCAAAUGUACAGAUACUAAAAGAUAAAUUAUUAAACGCAAUAUAUGAAGGAUAAUAAAGUUUUUAUCUUAAUUGA